AUGCUAAAACACAGGCAAGCUCAUUCACGACCUGCUCUGCGAUGGCCGUGUGAAGACGAGGACGAGGACAGCGACAGCGGCGACACACCCCUCAAGCUACAGAUCAACCUCACGACGGAGGUGGAGAGGGAGGUGGACCUCUUCUUGGAGUCGGAGGAGGAGCAGUUCACCUUCGAGGAGCUCUACUGCACGCUGCCCCCGUGGGCGCGCGGCCGGCAGAAGGAGGUGCUGGCCGCGCUCAAGCGGCUCGUCAACGGCUACAGUGUGUCGCCGGCGAAGCUAAUCAUGGACGACGACGACGACCAGAGCGUGGACAUGGACGAGCUCGUGUUCCGACCCAAUCCUGAGCGCGGUCUCGAGCUCAGCAACUCGGACGACCCCGAUGGGUGCAACGCGCCGAUUGACACGAUGGCGGAGACCGUCCGAGCCAUCAUCGGAGCGUCCUUGCCCCCAAACCUCGUGUGCCUCACCUACUACUCCACGUGUGGUGUCAUUGAGGGCCCUGUGGCCUGCAUCGCCACAGCCGUCGCAGCACUCGUCCAGCACCCCGUCACGGGCAUCCCCAAGUUCCUGCGCGACCUCUCCCGCUGCCUCGUGGGCUCGGGCUUCACGCUCGACGAUCACGAUCCUGAGACGGGAGAGCCUCUCAUGAUGGGCCGCUGA